AUGCGCCCGGCUUUGGCCAUCAUGCUCAACUCCACCCGAGUCCCCCAAGUUGCCUUAUCCUGGAAAUGCCAACGAGGCCUCAUGGACCUUGCCAAACACGUCUUCUAUAAGGAUCGAAACAACACGUCGCUCUGCCCAAAAAACCGGACACUCUUCACCAUAAUGAAUCCAUGGAGCCCGGGAGACCAGUCUCUGGCGACGUUCAUCAUCCUGGAUAGCCGCGCAGAACGACUCGCCCAGGGGAACGCUCAAAAUCAAGAGGAGGCGCGACUCAGGACGCAAAUCUUCCAAAACCCUGCUCCGAAACUUCCAGGCCGAGCAACUAUGGACCAUAACAUACUA